AUGGCAUCAAAUAAUAUAAAAUUAACUUCACCUGAUUCAAAACUUUUACUUUAUAAUCCAAUUGAAUUAAAAGAUCCAAGCGAUGCUUAUCUUGAAUCAUGUUUUGCUGCUAUCCAACAAAAUCGUUAUACCAUGGAUUCAAAUAUUCUUCUACAAAUCGGACAAUCAAACAAAAAACAUAAAGAACACAUAUCCCAUGCACUACUCUAUGGCAUAUUAACUGAUAUGAAUAAUAAAGCAAAAUAUUUUCAUGAUCUAUUACUUCUCAAUGGCACAAAUCUAUCAUCAAUCAUAUCGACUCUUGAAGCAUUAAUAAUAAAAAACUGGCGUCGCAUUCAUGAUAGUGUACGUCAACAAUUAUUAUGGCUACUACGUGAAACUUUAACAGCUAACAUCGAUGGUAUCGAUCGUCUCUAUUAUGUUUUUCUACGUCAAAUAAAUCCUCAUGAACAAUGUUUAGAUUUAUGUGAAACUAUUCUUGAACUUCUUUUAGCACAUCCAUUAUUUUUAAAAACAUAUCCUGAAAUGAUGUUAUUAACAAUUUACACGUUUCUUUCUAUAUUUCCUAUUUAUAUACGUCGACGAUCACAACAACAACGACAAAUUGAUUUUAUAUUAACAUUAACACGUGAAAAUAUUCAUUGUAUUGGUCGUGAUGCUAUGCGACUACUAACUCAAAUAGGACAUAUACGUGAAAUUGAUCUAUUUUUAAAACAUUUAUCAUUAAAUACAUCGAAUGAUUAUUUACCGAAAAUUCUUCUAUUACAAACUGAACCAAAAUAUUUGGCCCUACCAUUAUCAUUCGAUUUAGAAAAACAAUUACAAUUUCUUCUUGAUAAUUGUCGUAUAAAUAGUCAAGAAAAAUAUUACUUUGAAUGGUUUCAAAGUCAAUAUUUUAAUUUUAAACAACAUCCAGAUUCGAUCUAUCUAUGUUCACAUAUUAUUCGUUACGUAUGUGUUGUUUGUCGUAAUCAACCGAAUACAAAUCGAGUAACACGCUGGACAUUUAUAUCAUGGUUAUUAACGCAGUUAUAUAAUUAUCAACAAUCAUUACAGCAAUCAUUAAUGUCAGCCAGUCAAACAGCAUCAAAUGCUGCUGCAUUUAUAACAUCAUCGUCGCCGCAACUCAUGCAAAUCAAUGAACAAAUAAUUCAAUGUCGUUUAGCUAUUUAUUAUGAUUGGUUUCUAUUCGAUAGUAAUAAUUUACAACAAAUAACAAAUGAAUUCGAUGCACAAUUAAAUUCUACUAUUGUUGGCUAUCAUCUACUGGCAAUAUCCUAUUAUCAUGCUAAACAAAUGUUACUAUUUCUUUUGCAUACAUCAGAAAAUUUUAUUGUAUCAUUAAAACCAUACAUACAACAAAAUGUUGCACGAUUAUUUAUGGAAUUAUUUCAACGUAUGCCUAUAUUAAAUUCACAACAAUUACUACAGAUGUUUACACACGACAGAGAUACUUAUCAACGUUUACUUACAACGUUUUUUUCAUUACAAUCAUCAACUACAACAAGUGUUCCAAUGAAUGAUGAAAUAAUAUUAAUCAAUGAUGAUAAUAAUCCAAAUGCUGUUAUGCCAACAACAGUGGAUGAAGAAUCCAAUGAUAUAAUGAUAAUGCCAGUGAAUACGACCGUUGUACCGCAUUUUUCUGACGAUGAAGAAGAUGAUGACGAAUAUGAAAAUCGUGCAAGUUCUCUGAAUAUGUCCGAUCAUGACUAUGACGACGAUGAUAUUUUAAUGAUUAAUGAAGAAUCAAAAGCAUCUGUUGAUAUAUACAAUACAAAUAUAUUACGUACAGAUUUUCCAUUUGAUCGUUUUCGUUCAUUUAUCAAUGAUCGUGUUCAACAAAUGGCACUAGCUUAUUCGGUAUCAAUGAAUCGAAAUAGAUUUUCAUUACUGACACAGAUAUAUAAACAAAUAGCUUUAUCUCUAAGUGAUAAACGUCCACUUAUACUAAAAACUCAAGCAAGUGAUCCAGCUGGACCAAUUAGUUCAUAUGCAAUGAUAAAAUUUGAAAAAGGAAGUGAUAAAUUUCAAGCACGUUUAUUAACGAUGCUCGAUGAACAAACCAUUGUAAAUGGACUUUUAUGUUUAUGGUUAUUGAAAGAUUCAUUUCAAAAUCGCCUAUUACCUUCAUUACGAGUAUCACAAUCGAAUAAGAACAAUUCCAUACUGGAAAAUAAUUUUCGUGACAUUCCUCCACAGAAAUUGAAGCGUUCAAUAAAGCAAUUACCUAUAUUUGUUCUAUUUCGUUUAAUUAAAGAUGAAUUACAAAAUCAAACCGUCUAUAUAAAACUUUUGCAAUCGAUGUAUUUUUUUCAACCAGAAUUAGCUUAUAUAUUUCUUUAUUAUUUAUCCACUGACAUCGAUGAUUCGAAAACAGCUACGGAAAUUUUCGAAAAAUUUGCACACAAUAUCAUUAAAUUAAGUAGCAGUCAUAGAAAACCUCCUAUUCCACCAGCUAAAAUGCCAACAUAUGAUCAAGACUUUAUUGAUUUUAUUCAUGAAAUUUUAAGUUCCUGUGAACAAGAUGAUACAGAAACAUUUCUAUAUCUAUUUUCAUUUGUCUAUCGUCUUUAUUCGAAAAAAUUCUUAAAUAAUAUUAAAUUAAUUCGUCUUCUAUUACAUACAAUAAAUCAUUCUGAAUUAGAACAAUUCAUGUGUGAUAUUCUUAAACAUCAAUUACAAUUAUUUAAUUCUCACAAACUCUAUUCCAUUGUUGAUCAAACUUUACUAUUCCCUCCAAAUGAGCAAGAAGAUUUUUGGAAAUUAUUAGGUGCCCAUGAUUUCGUACAAAAUGAUUACGAACAAUUAUUUACCAAUAUAAUUGAACAUUUACUCAAUCAAACAAAAUCAGUUAUUGGAGAACAACGUUUAGCUAAAUCAAUGCAUUAUACAACCUAUCGUAAUACAAUAGCAUUGAAUAAUGUUUAUGAUAUAUUGAAAACAAAAGUGCCAACAUACGGAAUUGUUUGUUGUUUAUUUGCGCAUGAAUUAACGAGCAAUUUUUCGGAAAAACUUUGUCUUCUAUGGCAUGAACAACAUCAUGAUGCAUUUUGGCGUCAUCUCGAACGUAUUUUACAGAAAUGGAUACAACGCGAAAAUGAUCACACAGAAAAGAAAAUUGAUUAUAAAAUUGGUACAAUUAAAAUGGCAAAUGAGAAUGGUUUAAAAUAUAUUUUACAACAUUUAGAAAUUUUGCUACAAACUAAAAAUACGGUUGCAAAUCAUAAUAAAAUGGAUCAAGAUGAAUUAAAUGAUUGUUUAACGAUCGAUGAAACUGUUUUAAAUAUUCCAUUAUCGAAAGCAACAGUCAAAGCGUUAAUUGGUUGUAUUCAUAAACAUGACCAAAUUUAUUCGGAAAAUAAAACUUUUAUUGAUCGAUUUGAAAAUGGAAAUUCGAUUUUGCCACCACCGUUACCAGCAGCAGCAGCAGCUGUAGCUACAUCAGUGACUACCACAACAACAGCAUCAUCAUCAUCAUCAUCAGUAAAACGGCGCAAAUUAGAUACUAAAUCCUAG